GACUUAGAAAGUACGAUCCAUGUUCACGGUAAACACUGCACCAAAUAACAACAAAAACGCCUUUAUCAUGCCACAGGCGCUGUCCUACCAUGUGUAAAAAAUACGUAAUUAAUUUACCGUUUCAGUAACAACAUUAUAAGCACAAUUUUAAUACCACACCGUGAUAAUGACCACCAUAAGAACACUCACAAACGAAACUAUGUCGACUUGUGCCACAGAAUUUCCUUCAAUGCGCAACAACGCAUCAGAAUACGAGAACGGGUUGAAAUCAACAAUUCAGCUCGUUUUCAGCGUAUCGUUUAUAGCAUGUGCAUUGUUGCUGGGUGCGAUGGUUGUUUACAUGUGUAUGAAGAUAAGAAAGAAGAAUAAAAUAUUGUUCUCUCCUGUCCCUGAACUGCCAUCAUACAGAAACCUACGAUGCAACCCGUUAUCACAGGUAUUGAGAGAAAUAGAGGCGCAUAAACCAGCAGAUCGAUUAUACGAAAAGUUGGCGGUGCGCCAACCAUCUCAUCAUGUUAAUUCGCACGAUCCACAUAAAUUUGCGAAUCCUGUCUGCCUAGAAAACGCGUUUGAUAAGGAAGUUUAUCUUUAA